AUGCCAACCCUGCUGCCAACCUGGCACAAGAGGACCCAGACUUCAGCAGGACAGACAUUCCUGCUCUUAUUCUUUGCCAUCUUCAACCUUCAGGUAACAGGCUCUGUGCUUGAAAGUCUAAUAGCUAAACGGACUGAAUACUGGGAGGAAUGCAACAGAACUUUGGCGACAAGGGCACUCCCAGAAACUGGACUCCACUGUAAAGGAUCCUUUGACAUGUUUGUGUGUUGGCCCUCUUCAUCUCCUGGGAAUGUGUCUGUCCCCUGUCCUUCUUACUUACCAUGGAUCAGUGAGGACAAUGUCAUGAGGGCACAUCGAGAAUGCUUAGUAAAUGGGAGAUGGCGACAGAGGGAGAAUUCCUCAGAGACCUGGAGGGAUGACUUAGAAUGUAAGGAGGACCAUUAUUUCAAAGACAAGGAGGAUGAAAUGCUUCGCCAGACAGUCCUCAGGCUCAUCUCUGUCAUUGGCUAUUCCUUGUCCUUGUCAUCUCUCUUUAUUGCUACUCUUCUGAUGGGCAUGUUAAGGAAGCUCCACUGUACCAGGAACUACAUACACAUGAAUCUGUUUGUGUCAUUCAUCCUGAGAGCCAUGGCUGUCAUCUCCAAGGAAAUUGUAUUAUACAUCAUGUAUUCCAAGCUACCCAAGGACGAUCCGGGAUGGAACUUUUAUUCAAUCUCUGCGAUAGCAUUGCUUUGUAAAUUUUCCAAAGUUUGUAUGGAAUACUUUGUGGCCUGUAACUACUUCUGGCUCUUGGUGGAGGCCAUUUUCCUCCACACGCUGCUCUUCACAGCUGUGCUGACCAAGCGACAUCUCCUGAAGAAAUACAUGCUGCUAGGAUGGGGGACACCUAUUUUGUUUGUAACACCAUGGACAGUGGUCAAGGUUUUAUAUGAAAACACAGAAUGCUGGUCAAUUGUGAACAGAUGGUUCUGGUGGAUAAUAAGGGGCCCAAUUACUUUAUCGGUGCUUGUUAUUUUCUUCCUAUUCAUCAAGAUUCUUAUGCUGCUGUUGUCCAAGCUGAAAGCAGAUCAGGUCACAUUUACAGACUACAGAUACAGCUUGGCGAGAGCAACAUUGGUACUGAUUCCUCUGCUGGGAAUCCACGAAGUGGUCUUCACUGUGCUGAUAGAUGAAUGUGUGGAGGGCAGCAGUCGCUACGCCAGGAACUUUAUCAACCUCACUCUCAGCUCGUUUCAGGGAUUCUUGGUUGCUCUGCUGUACUGUUUUGCUAAUGGAGAGGUCCAAGCUGAACUAAAGAAGCGCUGGCAACUGUUCCUGUUUAGCAACCAUUUCCAGGUCAGGAGCUGUUUUUGGUGCGUACCCCUCAAGUACCUGUGGAAGUGCACUCGAGGGCGCCGUCCACAGUGCUCUCGGCAGAGUGACUCCUAUGAAGAGGGCGGUACCUCCACAACACAUCCACACCUGCUUCAGGUGGCCAUACAUGAAGCAGCUGCAAGACUUGGACUAGGAGAGGUUAAAGGUCAGGGUUUGAAGGGCUGUGACACAACAGGGCUUGACUUUCUCAACAGGAAGCGCCUGUCCAGUAGUGAUGGGGAGAUGACACUAGGGGAGACCAUGGAGGAAAGCCAAUUCUGA